AUGUUUUUCACCAAUAACAUCAAACACUUAUCAUUAGCUUUUGAUAAGCGGGUGGUCCUAUCGAACACACUUGAACAUGUGCCAGAAUUAAUGCUGUCUUUAUCGCUUCUUAUAUCGCUCGUGGUCUUAUCGUCAACAGCACCUAUUCUUGAACUAGAACCAGGAAAAGUGCAAGGAUUCGAUUAUCGAACAAAAAAUAAGGAAACUGUAGAAGUUUUCCUCAAUAUACCUUAUGCUUCACCUCCUAUUGGCGAGCUAAGAAGUUUUCCUCAGUAUACCUUAUGCUUCACCUCCUAUUGGCGAGCUAAGAAACCUCAACCUGUGGCCCCUUGGGAGGAUGUUCGAAAUGGUACAGUGAUUGGACCAGAAUGUCGUCAGUUGGAGACGAUGGAGCAGACGAGCGAAGAUUGUCUUACGCUCAACAUUAUUCGGCCAAAAAGAAAUGCGAGUAUUCUCUUUCUUCUCUUACAGAAUCAGGUCACAAAUCUUCCAAUUCUUCUUUGGAUACAUGGCGGCGCCUAUGAAGUCGGCUCGGCCAAACAAUUUGGUUACGAAGGCUUCGUCAACAUGUACGCGACCAGAGGAAUUAUAGUGAUUUCAAUACAAUAUCGGCUUGGCGUUUACGGAUUUUUCUCCACUGGUGAUCAGCGCAUACCAGGAAAUUUAGGAUUAUUCGACAUGGCAGAAGCUCUGAAGUUUGUUCACACAAAUGCUAAGAAUUUUGGUGGAGACGCUUCACGUAUCACCGUAUGGGGUCAUAGCGCAGGUUCUGCAGCUACUGGUCAACUCAUUUUAAGCCCAAUAAGUCGAGAUUACAUUGCUCAAUCCAUCGAGAUGUCGGGCUCUCCCUAUGGUUCGUGGGCAAUUGGAGCAAGCGUAGUACUGGGAUGUGAUGCUAAUAUCAAAGAAUGCAUGAAACAAAAAACUGCGAAAGAGACUGAUGAUGCCGUCAAAAGCAUAGUGGGUGAUCUAAAUAUACAACUUCUAGAACAAGACUGUGUGAACAAAUGUUCAAUUUACAUUUUAUGGUACGACAAAGAAAGGACUCAGAUUUGUGAAAUGGGGUGCAGUGAUUGA